AUGGAUGUCAGACACAUGCUCCUGGCCACUCUGCUGGUCUGUCUGUGCUUCCUCACUGCCCAUAGCCACCUGGUACUCGAGGAGAAACCCAGAGAUGACAGGAGUCUGAGGAACAACUCUUCGAUAAACCUGCUGUAUUUCCCUUCUGUCUCUAUCGUGGCACUGAACAAGAAAUCCAAAAUAAUCAGCAGGAAAGAAGCUGAAAAGAUGAAGAGAUCUUCUAAGCAAAAGGAUUCAGUGAAGAAGGCGGGUCGGCCUCCACCCCCGCUGUCCGCUAGCUGCGUGGCCACCCGCAACAGCUGCAAGCCUCCGGCUCCCGCCUGCUGCCACCCGUGCGUCUCCUGCCAGUGCCGCUUCUUCCGCAGCGCCUGCUCCUGCCGCGUGCUCAACCCCAACUGCUGA